UUGUUUCUGAUUUAACAUUGAUUAAAUCCGCUAUCAAACAAACAAAAACGUAAGCAAAGCGUUUAUUAAAUAAAGAACAUCCAAAAUCAAAAAGCAGAAGAUAAUCACAUUGUCUGAAGAUCAUCUCUUGUCCUAAAUCUCAUCUUUUGCACAAAUCGUUGAAUGGCAUCGAAUAAUCAACAAAGACAACAACAAGAUCGACCAUUACCAAAAUUUGGAGAAUGGGACGUGAACGAUCCAGCAUCAGCCGAAGGAUUCACCGUUAUAUUCGCUAAAGCUCGAGACGACAAGAAGACAAACGCUAGUGGUCGUGCUCCGUCGCAACGCCGUGAUAACAACAACAAAGGGCAAGACGAACCUACGAAGAAACGGUUCUGCUGUUUCUGAGGAACAUGAUCAAGAAAAGCCGAGUCUUUCAACAUUUGUAAUAUCAAAUUGUUAGAUCAUUGAAAACAGUUUCAUAUACAAUGAAUCUGUAUAAAGUGUAUCAUUACAGAGCUAAGAAACAAACUGUCGUUUCGAUCUAA